CGCGGCCGUCUGCGCAGCCGGCCAACUGCCUAGCGCUCUUCUCUCCUCAAGCUUUCGCCACGGCCAAGAUGGGCGUCCGCAAGUCCGGCACGUCGCUCGAGGCCGAGUCGGCCGACACGGUGAUCGUGACGGUCAAGACCAUGACUGGCAGCACCUACCACUUCAACGCCUCUAAGCGCGCCUCAGUCGGCAAGUUUCGCCGUCGCUUCAGCGAGCACACUGGCAUUCCGACGGACCAACUGCGUCUUGUGCACGACGGCCGACGCAUCCAGGACGAUGAGAUGAUGGACAAGAUCGGAGACUUGGCGCAGGGCGACGAUGCAAUCACGAUCUACGCCGUACUGUGCAUGUGCGGCUGCUGAGGGCGUCGAUUCGAGCCGAGCAAGUCCACGGCAGCCGUCGUCAGCUCGGCGCUCUGUUCCGCUCCCGUCCCCAUCGUCACGACCCAGCUAGCUCUUCUCCUUUCCUCUAAGCCCUCGAGCUCGAGUCUGUCACCCAAUGUCAUGACGCUCCACU